UCUUCACACAUUACUUCUUCACAUAGAGGGAAAACAUUUUCUCCCUUACAUUUCUUAUUAUACCCUUCUUCUUCCUUCAAAUCUCCCAUUCUCUGCCAUUUCACACAGAUGUCUUCUUGUGUGGAGCAAUGAAGACGAAGAUGAUGAUGAAGAAGACGUCUCAGAUCUUUGUUCUUCUUUUCACAUUGUUCUUCUUCUUCACAAGCCUCACUCACUCUCUUCCACUCACUUUCAAUGGCGAUCUCUCAGACAACCAAGUCCGGCUAAUCACACAACGUCAGCUUCUCUACUUCCGUGACGAGCUCGGCGACCGCGGCGAGAAUGUCGUCGUUGAUCCAUCUCUAGUCUUCGAGAAUCCACGUCUCCGAAAUGCUUACAUAGCUCUUCAAGCUUGGAAACAAGCUAUUCUCUCUGAUCCAAACAACUUCACAACAAACUGGAUCGGUUCUGAUGUUUGCAGUUACACCGGAGUUUACUGUGCUCCGGCGUUAGAUAAUCGCCGGAUCCGUACCGUCGCCGGGAUAGAUCUCAAUCACGCUGAUAUUGCUGGUUAUUUGCCUCAAGAGCUUGGUUUGUUAACAGAUCUCGCUUUGUUUCAUGUUAAUUCAAACCGGUUUUGUGGAACCGUACCGCAUCGGUUUAAUCGGCUUAAGCUUUUAUUCGAGCUUGAUCUCAGUAAUAACCGGUUCGCCGGAAUAUUCCCUACCGUUGUACUCCAGUUGCCGUCGUUGAAGUUUCUGGAUCUAAGGUUUAACGAGUUCGAAGGACCUGUGCCUAGAGAGCUCUUCAGCAAAGAUCUUGAUGCGAUUUUCAUUAACCAUAACCGGUUCCGGUUUGAGCUACCGGAUAAUUUGGGAGAUUCUCCGGUUUCCGUUAUCGUUGUGGCGAAUAAUCAUUUCCACGGUUGUAUUCCGACGAGUUUGGGUGAUAUGAAGAAUCUUGAAGAGAUUAUUUUUAUGAACAAUGGGUUUAAUUCUUGUUUACCGCCGCAGAUCGGACGGUUGAAAAACGUAACGGUUUUUGAUUUCAGUUUUAACGAACUGGUUGGGUCGUUACCGGCGAGUAUUGGCGGGAUGGUUUCGUUGGAGCAGUUAAAUGUGGCGCAUAAUAGAUUCUCUGGUAAGAUUCCGGCGAGUAUUUGUCAGUUGCCGAGGUUGGAGAAUUUCACUUUCAGUUACAAUUUCUUCACUGGAGAGCCACCCGUGUGUCUCGGUUUGCCUGGGUUUGAUGAUCGGCGGAAUUGUUUGCCGUCGAGACCUGCGCAGAGAUCUCCGGUACAAUGUGCGGCUUUCUCUUCUCUUCCACCGGUGGAUUGUGGUUCAUUUGGAUGUGGCCGUUCUACUCGGCCUCCGGUUGUAGUCCCGUCACCGCCGACAACUCCGUCUCCAGGUGGUUCUCCUCCUUCGCCGUCUACUGUCCCGUCACCGCCGACAACACCAUCUCCUGGUGGUUCUCCUCCUUCACCGUCUAUUGUCCCGUCACCUCCGUCAACUACACCAUCUCCAGGUGUUUCUCCUCCUUCACCGUCUAUUUCUCCUAGUCCUCCGAUCACUGCCCCGUCUCCUCCUUCUACGCCAUCUAAUCCUCCAAUCAUUCUCCCGUCUCCCCCAUCAACUCCGCCAACUCCGAUAUCACCUGGUCAACAUUCACCGCCUGUUAUUCCUAGUCCACCGUUCACAGGCCCUUCUCCGCCGUCGUCACCUAGUCCUCCUUCACCGCCUAUUAUCCCCAGUCCGCCAGGUUUAGGCCCGUCAUCACCGUAUCCUGGUCCUCCUUCACCGCCUGUUGUUCCUAGUCCUCCCGUUGUAACUCCGCCGUCAUCACCUACUCCGGCUUACUCUCCUCCACCGCCGCCUACAGGGUACUCUCCUCCGUCACAACCGCCAACUUACUCACCUUCCCCAUCACCACCUCCACCAUACUCUCCUUCCACAUCACCGUCACCACCUCCGACAUACUCUCCGUUCCCAUCGCCGCCACCUCCUCCGCCGCAAACAUACUAUCCACCGCAGCCAUCACCACCAACACCACCGCAAACUCCAAUUUACUACACUCCCCCUCCUUCACCUCCACCUCACUCGCCGUCAUCGCCUCAAUUUUCACCACCACCACCAGUCCCCUACUACUACAGCUCACCACCACCACACUCACCUCCACCACCUCCACCAACGCCACUACACCCCCCUCCGCCACCAUCACCCCAACCGUGCAUAGAAUACUCACCGCCUCCACCUCCAACAGUCCAUUACAAUCCUCCACCACCACCAACACCGGCGCACUACAGUCCUCCACCAUCACCACCGGUUUACUACUACAAUUCACCUCCACCACCACCGGCUGUCCACUACAGCCCACCACCUCCACCGGUAAUUCACCACAGCCCACCACCACCAACUCCAAUCUACGAAGGACCACUACCGCCGAUUCCCGGAAUAUCAUACGCUUCUCCUCCGCCGCCUCCCUUCUAUUGAUUCUUUUUUCAGAAUGUUCUCAAAGGGGUCCCACCACUUAUGCCAAAACCCGAAGCCGAAACGGUGUCGUGUCGUGUCAAUAACUCUUUAUCAGAUUGAUGGAACAUGUACACGGCGUCGUUUUCCCAUUUCUUGGAGAGAGAGGUACGUGUCGGUGGUUGGGUAUUCUCCGAAAGAUUUAUUUCGGUGAUAAAAAAUCAAGAGGAGGAAAUUAGGGGUUUGCAGGGAAAAGUUGUAUUAUAUAGAGUAAUUAAAAUCUUAAUGCUCCUUAUAUUUCUUAUUAGUAUUCUUAAAUAAUUUAAUAAUUGUCAUUAUUGCUUAAAUUUUUGUGUUUUUUUUUUGUCUUCUUCUUCUUAUAUACUUAUUAAACUAUCCUUUUUUGGAUUUCCAUAUUCCAUUACUGCAACUUUUUGUAUAUGUUUUGUGUCUUCUAGAUUUAUAUUAUUGAUCUAUCA